AUGGGGGAUCAGCUCGUGUCCCCAGGCACCUUCAAGUCCAACCAGGGGCCAGGCCUGUGCCUCCAGUGCCCCCCCAACAGCCGCUCAGCGGGGGAAGCCGCCACCGUCUGCAUCUGCCGCAACGGCUACUACCGCGGGGACGCCGACCUGCCGGACGCACCCUGCACAACUCUCUCUCUCUCUCUCUCUCUCUCUCUCUCUCUCUCUCUCCCCCUCGCGCACGCUUUGUCAUUGUCCCUCUCUCUAUCUCCGUGCCUCUGCGUCCUAUCGACUUGGCCAUCCGCCCCUCGUCUCUCCCUUGUAUCUUCUACGGACGUCAAGUGUGCACCCGAUCGCCGGCCUCUGCCUGGACAUUUCUGUUGCCCCAUUGCCCCCGUGUCUAACCGUUAUCUCUGCUGUCUCUCCUCUCCCCCUCUCUGUGCAGCGUGUCCCCCAGGCACCUUCAAGUCCAACCAGGGGCCAGGCCUGUGCCUCCAGUGCCCCCCCAACAGCCGCUCAGCGGGGGAAGCCGCCACCGUCUGCAUCUGCCGCAACGGCUACUACCGCGGGGACGCCGACCUGCCGGACGCACCCUGCACAAGUGUGCCGUCGGGCCCGCGCAACGUCAUCUCCAUCGUCAACGAGACCUCCGUCAUCCUGGAGUGGCACUCGCCCCGGGAGACGGGGGGCCGCGAAGACGUGGUCUACAACAUCGUGUGCAAGAAGUGCCGCUCGGACCGCCGCUCCUGCUCCCACUGCGACGACAACGUGGACUUCCUGCCCCGGCAGCUGGGCCUCACCGACACGCGCGUGUUGAUCAGCAACCUGCUGGCUCACACCCUGUACAGCUUCGAGAUCCAGGCGGUCAACGGGGUCAGCAACCGGAGCCCCUACCCGGCCCAGCACGUCUCCAUAGACAUCACCACCAACCAGGCCGCACCGUCCAUCGUUCCCAUCAUGCACCAGAUCAGCUCCACCAUGAAGAGCUUCACGUUGUCAUGGCCACAGCCCGAGCAGCCCAACGGCAUCAUCCUGGACUACGAGCUGCGCUUCUACGAGAAGGACCACGCCGAGAUCAACUCCACUGUACAGCGCAGCAAGACCAACACGGCCAGGGUGGUCAGCCUGCGGCCGGGCACCGUCUACGUGGUGCAGGUGCGAGCGCGCACCGUGGCGGGCUUUGGCAAAUACAGCAGCAAGAUGUGCUUCCAAACCCUCACAGAUGAUGACUUCAAGUCAGAGUUGAGGGAGCAGCUUCCUCUGAUCGCGGGGUCUGCCGCAGCCGGUGUGGUCUUCAUCGUUUCCCUGGUGGCCAUCUGCAUCGUGUGCAACAGAAAAAGGGCAUACACUAAGGAGGCCGUUUACAGUGACAAGCUGCAGCACUACAGCACGGGGCGAGGUGAGUCCGCCGCGUGGAUCCCCAUCCCAUCCACCCACUCACCCACCAUCCACCAAACACCACCGUAUCGAAGCUUCACACCACCCAUCUCUCUCUCUCCCCCUCAUUCCAAAUUCCCGAAGUUCACCUCGGCCAGCGACGUGUGGAGCUACGGCAUCGUCAUGUGGGAAGUGAUGUCGUUCGGCGAGCGCCCGUAUUGGGACAUGUCCAACCAGAUGAUUAUUGAUUUAAGAGGCCUGUUGCCCCCCCCCCCCCCCCAGGUGAUCAACGCCAUCGAGCAGGACUACCGCCUGCCCCCGCCCAUGGACUGCCCCAGCGCCCUGCACCAACUGAUGCUCGACUGCUGGCAGAAGGACCGCAACGCCCGUCCCCGCUUCGCCGACAUCGUCAGCACCCUGGACAAGAUGAUCCGCAACCCCGCCAGCCUCAAGGCCAUGGCCAACAUCCCUGCAGUGCCUUCCCAGCCACUGCUGGACCGCUCUAUACCAGACUUCAACACGUUCAGCUCAGUGGAGGACUGGCUGGCUGCCAUCAAGAUGAGCCAGUACCGGGACAACUUCCUCAACUCAGGCUUCACCUCCUUGCAGCUGGUGGCGCAAAUUACCUCCGAGGACCUGCUGAGGAUAGGCGUGACCCUGGCCGGCCACCAGAAGAAGAUCCUCAGCAACAUCCAGACCAUGCGCGUUCAGAUGAGCCAGUCGCCCACGCCGAUGGCAUGACUACAUGCGGCGCUGUCCCGCGACGAGGGCAGCAUUCGGAGGGCCAACGGUGGCCCCCGAAUGACCCCCGAGCCGUCGGAACGCGCCAGGGUGGAAACUAUUGUCUUAAUCUGAACCCAACCACCGCCACCCCCGCCGCCACCCCCGCCACCACCGCCACCACCAACACCACCACCACCACCACCACCACCACCACCACUACCACCAAGGAGACCAGGGUUCCUCAUGAAGGCACGGGGGUACACUACACAGCGACGUGUCCCGCCUGCCCCCCAAAUCCGAGUCCAUCCACACCAAGGAAGUUCAGGGUCCAGACUUGGAAGUUGUCUUACUCUCUUUGAAGCCCCGCCCCCUCCUCCCUUACUCUCCUUUCCUUUGCCAACCCCCCUCCCCCUCCCCCCCAGGUCACUCAGAGAAAGACGGAACGAUCACCUCGUGCUUAAAGACUGCCAUUUUUGUUUUGUCACCACACACUUGCUCCUCCUGACUCCUCCUCCUCCUCUCUCGUCUUCGUUGAGGACAGCGACGCCUGGACCUCUCGCACUGCAUCACGCAUCGUGUUUGAAAUUAUAAAUACCGUCUUGCGUAAUAUCUUGCCUCAUCUGGGACACGUUAGACUGUAGAAAGUGACAAGUGUGAGACAUUUAGAGCGGGCAUGGAGGAAAAGGAGGCAGGUGGUGAUUCCUCAUCAUAUCCUGUCAGGUGACGCAGUGCUGCCUCUGUGAUUGGAGGAGAACAUGCCUUGAACUGGUCAGCGUCCAGUCAGCAGAGCUGAUCCGUGAGGAAGGAAAACAAACAAAAAAAGCAAAUAACGAUAGAGGCGACGAGUUAGUGAACAAUACAGGGAUAUACAGCUGGGUACUAUAACCACAUACUUUAAGCAUAAUAUUUUUCUUGUUAAAAAGGAUUUGAAAGUUGUUUUGUCCUUUUUUUACUUAUGUGUCUGUUUCAUUGAAUUAUGUUGUGUUGCGAUCACUAUAUCAAGAAUGUCUUUCCCGACCCCGCCUCCCUCGUUUAUUUUUUUUUACGUCAACGCUACCUGUAGUGGUGGGAGGCCCGGGCAACGAAGGACCCUUCUUAACCAGGCCCCCCCACCCAGAUUCAGAUAAUAUACAUAUGUUUAUCUCUUGCUAAAUAUAAAUAUAUCUCUCUGGAUUAAAGCCUUCAUAUUGAAGGUGACAUGUAUGAAUAUGUAUGUAAAGAAGACUCUCUCUCGCUUGCAUUUUUGGCAAAGACAUGCUUAGUGACUGGGGGUUUCGGCGAUAGACGAAAGACGGUGUGUAGAUUCCUGUGGUGCACCACUUCCCUGCAGAUGAUGAUAUAAUAUAAUAGACACUGUGUUAUUUUGUCUCCCCACCCCUUUGAUUCAAACGGGGUCAUGAGGUGACAUUCCAGGUGGGACUUUGAGCCUGGAACGAAACUGUAUAAAGCAUUGUGUACAAAGAACUCUUAAUGUAGAUCUAUAUGAAACUUGUCGUAGGGAGAUACAAAGUAAAUGGCAAAACUAUCCAUUGUUGGGAGAUAAUGUUUAAAUGUGGGUGUGCCCAUGCUGUCUAUUGCUGGUGAGCACUUACUUGUACAGAAAUGUUUUUUUUUUAUUAUUAUUAUUAUUAUUUGUUUGUUUCUUUAUUUAGUUUUAGUUUUUUUGUCUUCUGUUGCAAUCUGUUGUUGUUUGAAAAACGUACGCUCUUGGCACCAUCCAGACAAGGGAAAGGAUACUCCGCAAUACGGCUGGCCAAGAUCCAUGGCUAUGGAUUCGAGCCACACACCCACACUCUCUCUCCCUCUCUCUCUCUCUCUCUUUCUCUCUUUCUCUCUCGCUCUCUCACUCUUUCUCUAACACACACACACACACACACACACAGAGGCUACGCCGCCAGUCCCGGAUGUAGACAGUCAAGCUGGAGGUGUUCUGGAAGCCAUUUUGAGACGUUCAGAUGAGCCAUUUUCAUCAAAGGCCUGAUGGCCCCUCUCUGUGGUACACAACAGAUGGAGAAACUGAAUAUUGAGUCACUGUUUGAAUGUGUAUGUGUGUGUGUGUGUGUGUGUGUGUGUGUAUGUGUACUCUAUGUCAGCGUGUGUGAGUGUGUUUGUGUGUCUGUGUGUGAGAGAGUGCGUGCACGCAUAUGCAUAUCGGUGCAUGUGUAUCCUUGUGCAAGGAAAUGUUUGUGAGCGGGGAAGUAUUUAUGUGCACAGAAGUAGGCUAUAUUGUCUUACCUCCUUUUUCUGUCUUUAUAUAGCUACCACUUGUAAAUUGUGACGAGUAUGUGUCAACAGUUUGUAAGCUGUAACUUUCUGAGAACCAUUGUACUAAAAUGCACUCAAUAAACGCCUUGGAAAUCAA